ACUAGGGCACGCUAUCCCCGCAUGCACACAGCAGCAGGAGCAGGUUGGUGAGGGAGGAGGAGGAGGAAGGGAAGAAGGAAGGAGAGAGGGCGACAUGGCGGCCUUCAAGAACUCUGCCUCGCCCCAGCUACCGGACACGAGGCACGAGCUGAGCGAACUGGUCAAGAGGCAGCAGGAGAUCGCGGAGACUCUGAAAAAUCUUGAGCGGCAAAUCUACGCAUUUGAGGGGAGCUACCUGGAGGACACGCAGGUGUAUGGCAACAUCGUGAGAGGAUGGGACCGCUACCUCUCCAACCAGAGGGGUGGCUCUGGACCCGUCGAGAGGAAGAGCCGGAGGUUUAAAGAGGCAGAGAGAUUGUUCAGCAAAUCCUCCGUCACAUCCUCAGCCGCUGUGGGUGUAGUUGUGAACCAAGAUGGAGCAGAGGAAGAUAAGAAAGAGAAGCUCGAGAAGGAAGAGCGCCGCGAGGAGAAGGUGAAGCCAGCGCCGGUGGAGGAGGAAGCGGCGGCGGUGGCGCGGGAGUGCGAGCCGGAGCCCGGCGAAGCCGAGGCCGCCAGCGACUCGCCCGCCAAGCCGACGGACGGCGGAGGCGGCGUUGGCGGCCAGCCCGAGCAGCUCGCUCCAGCAGCGGCAGCAGCAGCAGCAGCAGCAGCCGCCACUGCCCCGCACGGCAGCCACAAGAAGAGGAAGCACAAAGCACGGCACCGAUUUGAGUGGAAAAUAAACAAGAAACCCCGAAGUUAAGAUGAAGGAUUUCCAGCGAGCUGGGUGAAGCCGUUGAAGUGAUCUCCGCCUCUACCCUUCGUGAAAAAGAGUUUGAACAUUUCCCCUGUAGCUUCUGUUAAUGAUCACUUUAAACGGGAAAAACAAGGAGCUCUAAUCUAGAUUUGAAGUUUUCAUGACUGCAGCGAUCCAUACUCUUUGGUUCUUUCGGUAAAGUCACGUAGUAGGUAUAAAAUAUAAUUUUAUAAUUUUAUUUUAUACCUACUACGUGACUUUGCCGAAAGAAACAAGGAGCUCUCCCAUGUGUUUUCUGGUUGUGUUUUGGGAGCGUCAGGAACUGAAUUCAGUUAGGGCUCAUCGUGCCGAUCAACGUUGCGGUACGGAGAACCAGAAAUUCAAGUGAGUCUGAAUGCUUGGUGAAUAUAAAGCUAUUCCGCUACGUAGGUUUUUGGGAUUGUGCUAACGUAGAGCUCUUCAAUGCGUUGUACCGCAUCUUUUUUUUCCGAUGUCCGACGUUUCGCGCCACGCGCUAGGACGUCAUUGUGCAGAACAACGGGCGGCACAACCCCCAAACACAUCGGAGAGCUGCACGUCGCAACCACGAAAAACUUAUGCAGUGGUUACAACAACAAAAAAACCCUAUGGUAAAGUGAUAAUCGUGAAUAAGAUGCAGCGAUGAGCCUCACUGCAGUACAUGCGCAAAGUUGCAGUCAUAGCAAGGACAUCGAAUCCGUGCUGUGACGUGCAGCUUGAAAGCACAAAGAAGAAGGGGCCUUAGUGUCUUCCCAGCAAUAUCUUGUCUGCAAAUGUUUCUCACUUGAGUAAGAGUCGCUGCAACAGUACUGAAUGCUCUCUGAUGUGUGAUUAGGAUUGUGCGCGUGGCACAAUCUGAAAACACAAGGGAACCAUACGGCACAUCCACGAAAUCCUACGCAACGGUCGUAGAAGUAUACUGAAUGCUAUCAAGCAAAGAGCAGUAGUAAUUUGCAAAAAAAAUGUGAUUCAACAGUAGUGACUAUUUGUGUCUCAAUGUUUAUAUUAUAGUGGAUACUCAGAGGCCUUCAUCCAGUAGUGGAUUGUUCAUGACCAGGGGUGGGGAAACCAAGAUAACAAGUAGAGACCUUUUUUUUCGAAUUUGCUAAAUGCAUGUGAAUCCGAGACGGUGGUCCUGAAUAAAUAACGUCUCGUGAAGUGGCCCUCAAAGAGCCGCAUUCGGCUCUGGAGCCGCAGGUUUCUGACCCCUGAUCGUGACCGUUGAUGAUGGCGGUGAUGCCCUUAGGGUGGAGUGGUGAUGCAGUGGAUAGCGAGUUGCUGCGAACCCGGCCAUCCGAGUUGAAUUCCGUCUAACGUCGGUUGGCGAGUGAUACCUGAGCUGGACCUGGAAAACCCUGCCCCCACACCUCCACCAACCCCGGUUUUGACUGGCGUGGUGAAGUAUGGCCAAACAAACUCCCACGUCCAAUCACGUGUGGGGAGGCGUUUAUCCAACAGUCGAAUGGCAAGGGCUGUAAGUCGUAAAAAAAAAAUGUUCCUCAAUCUUAGCUAUAAUUCCAAACUUUACCCUUGAAUACCACAUUAAGAAGCAAACUUUAGUUCACAUAAUCGUUAUGCUUUACCAGUUAUGAAUGUAGCGGUCUUAUUUACUUUUUUGCCGUUUGUUUUUCAUCGCAGUGUCCGGCAUCAGUUUGUAGAAAAAAAUGUAAUGACGAAGUGUGUGUUAGUGUCGAGCUUUUGUGUGCUUUCAACCAACGUUACGAUCACGUGUCUGUCGGCGCUUGUGACGUCUCCCGUUACAGACAUGGCAAUGCAUUAACAGCGCGUUGUGGAAUCUCGUCGAUACGACACGAGUUGGAGAAAUUUGUUUUGUUUUUUUAAAGCUACCGCAUUAAUUACACGCAAUAGAUCUUUAACAAAAUAAACUAUUUGGUCAUAAAAAAAA